CCAUGGCACAUUAGCACUCUGGUUUUUCGUUCAUUUAUAUUUUUUAAAUCAUGGCUAAUAGAACUGUAAAAGAUGCCAACAGUAUACAUGGAACAAAUCCUCAAUAUCUAGUGGAGAAGAUUAUACGGACCCGUAUAUAUGAGUCCAAAUACUGGAAAGAGGAAUGUUUUGGACUUACGGCUGAGCUUGUCGUGGACAAAGCGAUGGAGCUGAAGUUUGUUGGUGGAGUAUAUGGAGGAAACAUCAAGCCGACUCCAUUCUUAUGUCUAACACUGAAGAUGCUGCAGAUCCAGCCGGAAAAGGACAUCAUUGUAGAAUUCAUAAAAAAUGAAGAUUUUAAGUAUGUCCGAAUGCUUGGAGCAAUGUAUAUGCGCCUGACUGGAACUUCUGUGGACUGUUACAAAUAUUUAGAGCCAUUAUACAAUGACUACAGAAAAAUUAAAAGCCAGAAUAGAAACGGAGAGUUUGAGUUGAUGCAUGUGGAUGAGUUCAUAGAUGAGCUCCUUCAUGCGGAGCGAAUGUGUGACAUCAUCCUCCCUAGACUUCAGAAGAGGCAGGUUUUAGAGGAAGCCGAGCUUCUGGAUACCCGUAUAAGUGCCCUGGAGGAAGACCUGGAUGAGGUUGAGACCAGUGAAGAAGAGGAUGAGGAAGAAGACAAGCCAGAGAGAGCUCAGACACCAGAGCCGCACAGGCGAAGUUACAGAGAUGUGGACCGGCCUCGCAGAUCUCCAUCUCCACGCUACAGACGCAGCCGCUCACCAAGAAGACGAAGCAGAUCACCUAAAAGACGAAGCCCAUCACCCAGACGUGAGCGAGAUCGGGACCGCCAUCGCAGCAAAAGUCCCCGUAGACACCGCAGCAGAUCCAGGGAUCGAAGGCAUCGCUCCAAAUCCCCAGGUCACCACAGAAGUCAUCGGCAUCGCAGUCACUCCAAGUCCCCAGAAAGUCGGACAAAGAAGAGUCACAAGAGGAGUCGAAGAGGAAAUGAGUGAUUAUUGUUUUUAUUGCUGUUUUUGUCCUCUGAAAUAUAGGGAAAUACAAAGAAAUGUAUGUCAUAAAAGCUUAAUCUCUUUGUGUAAAUCACCUAGCCAAAUUAAUUCCUCUGAGGGUUUUUUUGAUGCUGUUUUAUACUUUUAAUUAGGAUUUACUACCACAAUUUGAAGAGUUAUGUUUUUUUUUCUGUUUGUAAGUUUCAUCCUGAAUUUACUAUACUGUGUACAAUAAACACUUGGUAUAUUGUAGUUUUACCAUUGGUAGCAUUUCAUCUGUUAUAAAGACAAUGAGUCCAACUGUCAACAAACAUUUGCCAUUAUUGUGUGUUUCUGAUUUCAGAAAAAUGUCCAUAGUAACUAAAUUGAUCUUGCCGAGUGAAAGCUGGGCCAAACAACCAUUAUAGCUAGUACUGUUGUAGUACUUUCAGAUAAACCAUGUAAUUAUUGGACAUGAAAAUUUGUUCAAGAGACUAUUUGACCUCAUGUAUCACUGUAAUGUUUAAGUGUCAGGAGGUAAUAUUAAAUGAGGGUCAUCUGCAAAAUGAAAUUGAUCCUUUUAAUUUUGUCUGCCUGAUUAGACUUUUUAAACUUGACUGCCAGGGGGGGUUGAAAUUCUAGAUUACUAUGUAGUUUACGGAUAAAU